AUGCAUUCUGAUUUAAAUGCUGUCACAUUUGGAACGAAUAUCACGGAACCGCUGUUCGAAAAUGUCUCGCCGAACAAAACUUUCGAGGAAGCUGACACCGCAAUGAUGAUUCUGAGUGCAUCGUCGAAGCCAAACGGGCAAUGGGUCGGUCCGUGCAAAUACAUUCCAGGCACGCGAAAGCAAAAUCAUCAGUGUCGUCGUGACACGGGACUGCCAGAAGCCAUCAGAGAUGCGCAUCAUUUGGCGAUAAAAUACUGCGAGGAGCAAUUCAAGUACGACCGAUGGAAUUGCACGAUCGAAACGAAGGGAAAAAAGAAUCUUUUCAAGAAAGUUUAUCGCGAAACGGCAUUUUUGCAUGCGUUGACGGCAGCUGCGUUGUCCCAUACUGUGGCGCGUGCUUGUGCCGAAGGUCGGAUGAUGAAAUGUCAGUGCGCCAAUGAACGGAGACCAGAUCAGACGAAGUCAGCAUGGCGUUGGGGAGGAUGCAGUGACAAUGUGAAGCACGGGAAACGUGUCGCGAAGAAUUUCUUGGAUUUGGGCAAGAUUGAGAAUGAGAGUGCGGAACAGUCGACGUUGAAGCAUGAUGCUCAAGUCGGCGUCUUCACCGUAAUGUCAAGUCUCGACGACAAAUGCAAAUGCCAUGGCGUUUCGGGCUCAUGUUCGAUGCGCACAUGCUGGCGUCGUCUCACCGGCUUCAACGUUACCGUCAAUAUGCUCCGUCAAAAGUACUACGAAGCCAAACGUCGCUUCCCGAACAGCAAAAACAAGAAACGCAACACUUUGAUCCCAAUGCAGCAGCAACAAAAGAAGUUUAGUCGAACGUCACGCAACAAACCCGAACUAAUUCUCAUCUCGCCAUACUCCGAUCAAUCGUUAUCAUAUCAAUCGCUGUACUAUUUAGAGCCGUCGCCAACGUUCUGUUCGCUCACGAAGGGCCGACAGUGUCUCCAUCCCGAAAAUUGCAACAUUCUCUGUUGCGGCCGGAGUUACACGACGCGCGAAGUCAAAACCAAGGAAAAGUGCAAGUGUCGCUUCAAGGACGGCAAAUGUUGCCAAGUCGUGUGUGACUAUUGUGAGAGAUACGAGGAUCGGUAUUACUGCAACUAA